AAAAACAAAACACACGUACAAUUCUCCUUCUCUUUUAUCUUCAAUAUCAAGUCGAAAGUCGGUGCCUGUUUUCUUUUGCGAGUUUCCUAGGGUUAGGGUUUUAAAGGCGAAGAAUCCUCAAAGAUGCAAUUCAUGGAUCCGAUCAAAAAGCGCAAGCUUGAUGAAAACGGUGCAGUUUCAGCCAUAACAGAACCUGAUCCAAUCAUCAAACUUACCCCACAAGAUGGCCGCAAACUAAUCGAGCGCUUCACCCUCGAGCAGCUCCUGGACAUCCUUCAAGAAGCCGUCUGUCGCCACGUCGACGUUCUAUCUGCCGUCCGAUCUAUCGCCGACCAGGACCCAUCUCAACGGAAGCUCUUCAUCCGUGGGUUGGGUUGGGAUACCACAACUGACGGCCUUCGUUCGCACUUUUCUGUCUAUGGGGAACUCGAAGAAGCGGUUGUUAUCCUCGACAAGACUACCGGGAAAUCGAAAGGGUAUGGGUUUAUUACGUUUAAGCAUGUUGAUGGUGCUUUUCUUGCUCUUAAAGAACCUAGUAAGAAAAUUGACGGAAGGGUUACGGUGACACAGCUGGCGGCGGGGGGUAAUUCGGGGAUGAAUAGUAACCCGGUGGAUGUUCAUAUGAGGAAGAUUUAUGUAGCCAAUGUACCGUAUGAUAUGCCGGCGGAUAAGUUAUUGGGUCAUUUUGCUCAGUAUGGGGAAAUAGAAGAGGGGCCUUUGGGUUUCGAUAAGCAGACGGGGAAAUCAAGGGGAUUUACUCUUUUUGUUUAUAAGACUGCAGAAGGGGCUCAGGCAGCGUUAGUGGAGCCGGUGAAGAACAUUGAUGGGAGACUAAUGAAUUGUAAGCUGGCUAUUGAAGGGAAAAAAGGGAAGCAAGGACAAGAUGGGAUGGUGCAAAGUGGAGGUGCAGCUCCGGUUAAUGCAGAGAUGGGAAUGGGAGGACCUGGUGGAGGAUACGGUGGGCCUGGCGGACCGGGUGGUUAUGGUGGGUUUUCAGGUGGACUGCAAGGGCCGCCCGGUCCAAUGGGUCAUCCUCAUCCCUUGAAUUCAUCAGGAGUUGGAGUGGGGGCUUUGAGUGGAAACGGAGUUGCUGGUGGUGGUUAUGGAUCUGGACUUGGUGGUCCCUAUGCUGGGUACGGUGGUCCAGGUCCAGCUGGCUAUGCUGGAACAGGUUCAACCGGCUAUGGUGGGUUGAGUACUGCUGGUGCUGGCGCAGGGGGUGCGUUGCCUGCUGCAGCUGGAGGAUCUUCAUUGUAUAGAUUGCCGAAUAGUUCUGUUGGGAUGCCGACUGGUGGUUAUCCAGAGGCUGCUCAUUAUAGCUUGUCUUCCGCAGGUGCAUUCCCUAAUCAGCUUCACCAAGGAGCUGGGGCAUCCCCUGCUCCAAGAGUUCCACCCGGUGCUAUGUAUCCCAGUGGGCCACCUUUCUACUGAGGUUUAUGACAGCUUGUUGGACGGAGAUGCUUUUUGUGGUUCUGGUGAUUGCUUGCCUGAAUGCAGACUAUAUGUACUCUGGCUAGAUGAAUGUAUUAGCUGGGCUCUUACAGCCACUUCUCUUGAUUUGCACCUCUAAGAUGUUUUUUUUCUUUUCUUUUUUGGUCGUUGUAGUGCUGGUUGGCAAACAUAUGGUGUAGAUUAUUUUUCUAUGUUUUGUUAGCAAACUUUGUUCCUGCGGUACCUUUUAGCCAUUAGUAUAAUUUUUUAAUAAUACAAGUAAUGACUUUUUUUUCCUAUUUUCACUGGUAUGUGGUUGUUAUUGAAUCUCCUCUUUGUGGAAUUAUACAUUUUUCUUGGUUGAUAUCACUCUUCAUGUUGAGUUUUCUAUUGCUUACUCUGAUGGACUACUAAUAACAUAUAUUCAGCUUAUUUUUAUUGAA